CCAGACCUGCCAGCCACGAAAACGAACCUCACCACCCGUUUGCCCACCAUGGACAUCGACACACCCGAGACGCAGACGAUAUCGCGGAGGGACAACCCGCACUCCAAUGGCGCCGUGCAGGUGAAGCGCCGCACCGACCUCGUCCCGCGCGAGGAGCGGGAGAAGAUCCGGAGGCUCAAGGAGGCGAACAAGUCGUACGGUCGCGGCAAGAGCGUCAACAUGAAAUCGAUCAAGGACAAGAAGCUGCGCACCAACCUUUCCAAGCUCGAGAACAAGUACCGCGACGCCACCAUCAAGGCCAAGGACGCCGAGAUCCUUCUCGAGAACAGCAGCGGCUUCCUCGAGCCCGAGACGGAGCUCGAGAGGACGUACAAGGUCCGCCAGGAUGAGAUCACCGAGGGCGUUUCCGUCACGACGGCGCAGAAGCGGUUCGAGCUGAAGCUGGAGGAACUGGGGCCGUACGUCGGCGAAUACACCCGCAACGGCAGGGAACUGCUGCUCGCGGGACGGAAAGGUCACCUUGCGACGUUUGACUGGAGGGAAGGCAAGCUGGGGUGCGAGAUUCAACUCAACGAGACGAUUCGGGAUGUGCGGUGGCUGCACAACAACCAGUUCUUUGCUGUUGCGCAGAAGAAGUAUGUCUACAUCUACGACCACAACGGUGUUGAGAUCCACUGCUUGAGGAAACACAUGGAGGUCACACACAUGGAGUUCCUCCCCUACCAUUUCCUCCUCGGCACAGUGGCGUCAACAGGUUUCCUCAAAUACCAGGACGUUUCGACAGGCGACAUCGUCUCCGAGAUCCCCACCAAGCUCGGCCCCCCAACAGCCAUGACCCAAAACCCCUGGAACGCCGUAUUCCACGUAGGACACCAGAACGGCACAGUCACUCUCUGGUCACCCAACCAGACCGACCCUCUCGUCAAGCUCCUGGCGCACAGAGGGCCGGUAAGAUCACUAGCCGUUGACCGUGAGGGCCGAUACAUGGUCUCCACCGGCCAAGACUGCAAGAUGGCCGUCUGGGACAUCAGAAUGUUCAGAGAAGUGAACCAGUACUUCACGAGAACACCCGCAUCCUCAGUAGCCAUCUCCGACUCGGGUCUCACGGCCGUCGGUUGGGGCACGCAGACCAGCGUCUGGAAGGACCUGUUCAACAAGAACAUACCCGUCCAGGAGAAGAUCCAGAGCCCGUACAUGGCUCUCGGAGGCGAAGGCAGACGUGUCGAGCGCGUGCGGUGGUGCCCCUUCGAGGACGUCCUCGGCACGGGCCACGACGAGGGCUUCUCCUCGCACCUCAUCCCCGGCGCCGGCGAGGCCAACUUCGACGCCCUCGAGGUCAACCCCUUCGAGACCAAGAAGCAGAGACAGGAGGCCGAGGUCAAGGGCUUGCUGAACAAGCUCAAGCCCGAGAUGAUUGCCCUGGACCCCAACUUCAUCGGUAACAUAGACCUGCGCUCGGCCGCGCAGCGCAAGGCUGAGAAGGAUCUGGACGCGAAGCCGCUAUCCGUCGAGGAGGAGAUCAAGAACCGCGCCAGGGGCAAGAACGGCGCGUUGAAGAAGUACCUGCGCAAGCAGAGAAAGAAGAACAUCAUUGACGAGAAGAGAAUGAAGGUUGAUGAGAUCUGGGAGAAGCGCAAGAAGGAGAGGGAGAGCAAGAACCAGGAGGCGGAGGCUGAUCUCGGCCCGGUGCUGUCGAGAUUCGCACGCAAGGAAUAA